AUUAUUUUUAGAAUUUUUAAUUAUGAAAUUUGGUGCCCUUGCCAUGAGGGAGAGGCCGAGAGCCAAAUUAGCAGAUGGAUUCAUUUCUCUAGGUCUCUAUCUGCCUCCCGAGUCUAAGCAACAAUGGAGCCACCACAACAACAACACAAAGAGUACCAAUGGGAAGAGGCGGACGACGCGAAUUUGCAACCAAGGCAAUCCCGCAGGCAUCGCCUCAACAACCACGCUGCUACUACUGAUAUUAUAUCACCGUCUACUGGUAGUGGUGGUAGUUGUAAUAGUAGUAUCACUGAUGAUGCUGGUAGUAGUAUUCAGUCCAUGACUGCGAGCAGAGCUGGAUCUGCAACUCCUAGCUUUAAAGAAGAAGAAGAAAUUGCUGAUAAUAAUAGCAUCAGUGAGGAAGUUGAUAAUGAAUAUGAUCACACAGCGUGUACAGAGUUUCAUGGAGCACGGGAAAAUGGGAAGUCUACAAAGUUGGACAACAGCGUUUACUUUGACAAUGGCCAAGGUACUGAUCCAACUCAUGAAGUUUCUGGAAUCAGAAACACUGGUCAUGAAUGUUCUAUUUUCUGGACAAAACUGGGUGAUGAAGAAUUAUAUUCCACAGUAGAAAACUCUAACAUUCCAAAGGGCACAGGAACUGAAGUCAAUUCUCACUAUGGAGAAAAUUUUGAUGAUCGCACCUUCUCUGGUUCGCGUCUAUUACCUGUAGAGAAGUCCUCUGAAGUACAAAGUACAAGUGUUAAACUUAUUAAUAAUGAAGCUAGAGUUGAAGUAGGUGUUGACUUAGCUGGAAAAAUUGAAGGGCAAGUGAUAGAUUUAGAUGUUGAGGCAGUAUUAGAGAGGCAAGAGACACAUGAUUUGUACUGUCCUAAUUGUAAUUCUUGUAUUACCAGAAGGAUUAUCCUUCGUAAAAGAAAAAGGAAAGUUCGAAAUUUGCACCUUAAAGCAAAGCGUGAUAAAUAUGAAAUGGUACUUGGCUCUGAGUCAGUUACUAAUCCCAUAAAUGCGGCGAAUCAAGGUGAUGAUACCGGUAAUACUUUUUCAAGUGGUAGCCCAACAAAUGCAGAUGAAGGUUACACUGCUGAUAGAGAAGUGGAUAUAUUCAGAUGUUUAUCGUGUUUCACCAUUUUUAUUCCUUCAGGAGAUGGAUUUAAUCUGUUUCAAAAUUUUCGAGAUAGUCGUGGGAAGGAAAAUGUGCAGAAUCCUCGAAAGAUAACUGCAUCCAGCACAAAUUGGUUCUUCUCCCUUUUUGCAUCAAAUAAGGGGAAAAUGGCUACUGAAGAAGGUAACAAUAUUAAGUCUCAGCAUGGUGGACUAAAGUCUCUGGUUCCUUCAGCUGGGGAGUCCUUGAUGCUUGAGAAAUCACAGAUAAAAAUAGAGCACAGAUCCAAUGUGGCAUUGGGGAAUGAACCACUGGGUGAUCAGAAAUGUCUUGCUUCUUCAUUUGAUGGUGCUUCAUGUGUCCAAUCAUCCUGUAGCAUAGGGCUUGCAGAUGAUGUGGCAACUGAAUUGUGGGAAGUUAGAAAGGAUGUUGUAGAUUCGUCAACACCAGAAGACAUACCACUUGGAAAUUUGUCGACCACUGUUGAAGAAAAAUUAGAUGAUUCAAUAGAGAAAAGGAAAGCAGAUAAUAUGCCACCCCAGCUCAGAAGAGACCAUCCAACAAUACUAGUUGCUAGAAGGAAACUUGUUUACUCUGGAAAACAUGCCGAAGAUGCCUCUCUAAAUCCUCAAAAAGAUGGAGAUGAGUUUCUUGUUCAUUCAAUUCCUUGGUCGCUGACGCCUGAGCAAUCACAUAAAGAGAUAGACCAUAAAUCCAAUAUUGCACAAAACUGUCACGCCUCAUUGGUACAGGGUGCUCUGUCACCUUGUCAAUCACUUAGGAAUGAAGUACAUAAAAAUGAUGCAACUACUGAACUCCAUGAGACUGGAAUAGAUACUGUGGUUUCAUCAACAAAAGGAGGCACACUGCUGCAGAAAGAGGAAAGCAAUGUCAUAGAGAAAUUAGAUUACGCUGACAGAAAGAACGAGUCAGGGGAGAACGUGAUAGUGAUUGUUGAAGCAGAGCCAGUUGAACCUGCAGCAUCUCAGAGGGCACAAAAUACUGCUGCUCCAGUAGGAGCUGAGAUGUUGCAUCAAAGUGGUGAAGACCAUGAAUGGGAUAUUUUAAAAAGCAUCGUCUAUGGUGGUUUAAUUGAAUCAAUCACAAGUCUAGGUGUUGUGUCAUCUGCAGCUGGUGCUGGUGCUGCUCCAAUAAUUGUUUUUGCAUUGGGAGUGGCAAAUUUGAUUAGCGGACUUAUCAUCAUUGGUCAUAAUCUUUUAGAGCUGAGAAAUGACUCUUCUGGGAGUGCUUCUAAUCAAAUGAACCUGCAAGAAGACCGAUAUCAAGAAUUACUUGGAGUAAGAGCAAAAUUCAAACUUCAAGCAACUGUAGCUUUUUUGUCAUACCUCAUUUUUGGCUCAGUGUCUCCUGUUGUGUAUGGCGUCAUGUAUGGCGAGAUUGGCAAUAGAGAAUUCAACCUUGCGGCAGUGAUAGCUACUUCACUUAUAUGCAUUAUAUUACUUGCUAUUGGAAAGGCUCACACUCGGAAAUCACCCAAAUCUUAUAUCAGAACUGUAAUGUAUUACAUUACCAUGGCACUUCUGGCCUCGGGAGUUUCAUAUAUAAUAGGCAACCUAAUAAAGGAGCUCCUGGAGAAGUUUGGUUGGUUUGAGUCAGAUUUAGUUAUUACAGUGCCCUUCUCAGAGAAAAGACUAACAGAACCAGCAUGGGCAUCUCAUUGAAGAUUUUAUACUCAUGGGAUCCUGCUAUAGAGUAAGGAGUUGGUCAAGGAGAUUGAAUAAUGUUGUACUGAUCAAAAGACGCUUACUAGGUAUAAAGGGUCAAAGCAACACUGGUCGUUGGAAACUUGGAAGUGGGCUUUUACCCCUUUUAUACUUUUAUUUUGUUUUUUUUUUACUUGCCGAAAAAAAUAAAGGACAUAUUCAUCCAAAAAAGAAAAAAGAAAAAGAAAGGACUUCUUACCUUUUUAUGGUCACACUUAGCAACAUUAGAGGCAAACGGCCGUUGGCCCGUUGUGUGUUGAUUUAAUUUUUUAUUUAAUUUUCUUAAUUUGUUACUGU